AACUUGUAAUCCUUUGAAAUGGAGAUGAAACAUAUUGCAGCAAAAGACAUUAGUCCAGUGGCUUCUUCUGAUCAUCUGGGAAGAAGAUCAUUGCCAAAAGAAAGUGGGAGAGAGAGCACACUGGGAAACUUGAAAAUCAUAAGACAGAAUGUCAGGAAGAAAAAAGAAGAAAAACCUAAGAAACAGCUUGAUGGAAAAGCCAAAGGUUUGUGGGAUGCUGCCAAAACAAAAACUAACCAAAAGGAAAAUAAGAAAUCAAUGAUAGAAGUGUCCCAGCCAGAAAAUCAAAAGUUUGAGGGAUUCUUCGAAAACUGUGUACCAGUCACAGAUGUAAGGAGUGAUGCAGAUUGGAGAAUGAAAUAUGAAACAUUAAACGACAGUUCAUUUAAAAGAAAAUUCCUGGAAAUUCUGCAAGGGAAUGAAGUUUCUACUGCAAGUGCAAACAAAAUUGAGAUGAAUAGUGUCCUUGCCAGUAUCCCUAAUCUGGAUGAAAAGCUGUUGGAAGAAUUCUUGUUAAAAGAUUCGAAUGAAGAAUUUCAACAGAUGCUGGCAUCAAGAGUAACACUACCUGCUUGGAGCCGAAAAGAAGAUGUUCUGAAAGCUGUGAGAGACAAUCAAGUUGUAGUUAUGUGUGGUGAAACUGGGUGUGGAAAAACCACUCAGAUUGGACAAUUUCUGCUAGACGAGGCCAUUGAAACAGGAAGUGGAUCAACUUUUCACGCUAUAUGUACUCAGCCGAGGAGAUUGGCAGCGAUAUCUGUUGCUCGUCGAGUUGCUGAAGAACGCAAUGAAACCUGUGGCGAUUCAACAAGCUCCGUUGGCUAUCAGAUACGUCUGGAACGCCUUUACCCUCGAGAAAGAGGAUCUAUUCUAUUCUGCACGACUGGAAUUUUAGUCCAGCUUCUGAUAUCCGAUCCAUUGUUAGAAAACUACUCCCACAUCUUACUAGAUGAAGUCCAUGAAAGAGACUUAUUGACCGACUUCAUUCUGACCAUUGUACGUGAUCUACUUCCCAAGCGCCCCAAACUUCGUGUGAUUCUUAUGAGUGCCACCAUUAAUUCGGACCUUUUGUCAACGUACUUUAAUAAUUGUCCAGUGCUCAAUAUUUCCGGCAGGAAUUUCCCAGUGCAAGUUUUUUACUUGGAAGAUAUCCUCAGCAAAUUAGACUAUCGAUUUCGUUCUACUCGCAGCAAAAGCGGAUCGGAUGCUCAAUCAAAUCAAUUGGACCUUGAAUACAAUCAACUUAUGAUCCCAUUGAUAGAAGAAAUGGAGGCCAAACACAGCUACCCGCUCCACGUGUUUAAAUCAUUACGGAAGCGCUGGGAGCAGAUAAAAAGUUUGAACAAACUGUUGCUUAACGACCGACAAUUCUCCAGCAGAAAGUUCUUGAUCUUUACCCUGCACUCCAUGUUGCCUACCUUUAACCAGCGCCAGGUCUUCGAUAAGCCACCCCGUGGAGUUAGAAAAUUAAUUCUAUCAACCAAUAUUGCCGAAACAAGCCUUACAAUCGACGAUGUCGUGUAUGUUAUCGAUUGCGGAAAAGCUAAACUACCAAAUUUUGAUCCGCAAACGAAAUUGAAUACGCUCAAUUCCGAAUGGAUUACUUUGGCUAACGGUUCCCAACGCAAAGGGCGCGCUGGUCGACCGAGAAUUUGCUAUAAACUAUACAGCCGUGGACGUGAGUCGACUUUCCCUCCUCAUCCAAUACCAGAAAUCAAGAGGACGCGGUUAGAAGAGCUCAUACUACGAGUAAAAAUCCUCAAACUUGGUUGGGUGGAAGAUUUCCUUCGCAAAGUACCCGAACCGCCUGACGACUGCACUGUUAAAAUCAGUCUUGAACUUCUUCACGAAGUUGGGGCCCUAGAUGACGCCGAGUGCCUUACUGCUGUAUCCGUGAUUCCUAAAAGCGUCUCGUCUGAACGAAUUCGUUCUAAUUUCCAGAUAUUCGACUUUACCCUUUCACCGGUCGAUAUGGCACAGCUUCAAGAACUGGACCUAGGAGAGAUGGGAAUGGGAUUCACCUUUGAGUUUUCAUCUUUUUUUAAAGGAAUGGACAAGCAUCCAGAAAACCCAUUCCCUCACCGCGCAAUAGUUACUUCUAAUUUCGACGUAGUGAAUACUUUUAAACAACCAGUCAAUUUUUAUUCAGCAGCAAUGUCACCUACUCCACCGUCGCAAUUAGCACAGCAAGCGAAUGCAGGGUAUGAGAUUCCCGCUCGACUUAGGACACUGCACAAUUUAGUUAUCAGUAUGCUUCACAAGAACGCUACGAAUUAG